GAUACCAAUGUUGAUGUUUUGAAAGUCUUCACAACACGUUCUUUAUCUCGCCUGACUCAUGUGCCUACAAGAGUGAAAAGUUACUAUUGUUGUAUCAUACUAAGCAUUGAACUUACAAAGCACUUUAUAAUCUCAGGAGAAAGACAUUCGAUAGCAAACAGGGGAUCAUGUCACAAAAGCCUGAUGGUACAUCACGACUUUGAAGCGCCACCUCCUGCCUCAGCCUCCUUCCCGUUUCGCCAGUUGAACAGCCACCACAGCACAGCUAUGCACCGCCACACGAUGAGGCUCAGCCGUCUCGGUACCGAAAAAUCUCUUCACAAACACCAGGUUGGCUUGGGAUGA